GUGGGCGGAGCAAUCCUGACAGGAAGCAGCAGCAGAGAGUCCAGAUUGAUCUACAGGACAAGCGGGGAGCUGUGAGCUGGACUCCUUCUGACUCCUUCUGACUCAUACUGACUCCUUCGGACCCCCGCAGCUGGUUUCUGUUAGAAAGGUGAGCUUCCGGUCCAACAUGUUGGUCUCAGGUGCGGUCUGGUUGCUGCUGAGUCACGUGGCCGCGCACAGCCUUGCCCAGAGGAACUUCAGCAGCAUGUUGGAGCAGCAGGCAAAUCGCACCAUGGAGCUGUCAGAGUGGGAGCAGCGCUGGCAGCAGCAUAGGACUGGCUUCCAUCAGCUGGAGGUCCACAAGAUGCUGCAGAACAACUACGAUAAGGUGGUGAACGGUCGGAGCAGCGUCCGCUUCUUCUUCCCUCUGUGUGGCAAAGCUGUGGACAUGAAGUGGUUGGCGGAUCUGGGUCACUCUGUGGUUGGCGUGGAGAUUUCUGAGAUGGCCAUCAGACAGUUCUUCCAGGAGAACAACCUGACCUACAACGAGGAAAGUGUUCCCUCCAUCCCUGGGGCCAAACUCUUCCAGAACACGGAGAAGAGCAUCUCCCUGUAUCAGUGCGACCUGUUCAGCUUCUCCAGCUCUGUGGCAGGUCAGUUUGGAGCCAUCUGGGACCGAGGAUCUCUGGUGGCCAUCAACCCAAAGGACCGGGACAGGUAUGCGGCUCUGAUCCUCUCUCUGAUGGCUGCGGACUGCAGAUACCUGCUGGACACCUUCCUGUACAAUCCAGACUUGUAUGAAGGUCCUCCGUUCUUCGUUCCAGAUGAACAGGUCCUCGGUUUGUUCGGGAGCAGCUGCACCGUGGAGCUGCUGCAGUCUGAGGAAGCCCUGAACGACAAAUGGAGGAACUGGGGUCUGGACUCCAUGAUCGAGAACGUUCACCUCAUCACCCUCAAGGCUCCAAAAUAAGUGCUGCAGUCUGAAAUAAAAGGCUUUUAACCGGG